GCCUCAUCAACUCAAACACACACUUCAUUCAUAGCAUAAAACAAAGGAAAAUAUGAAGUUACACACUUUUUCCUUUGCAUUUGCCUACAUCCUAGUAAUAAGCUCAUCGUAUUUUCGUAGUGCUGUUGGUGAUGAUGUUGGAAGUGUAAUCAGUGCUUCCCUAUUCGAGCAACUACUGAAACACCGAAAUGAUCAAGCUUGUGAGGGCAAGGGUUUCUACAGUUACAACGCUUUCAUCACCGCUGCUAGAUCCUUCGGUGGUUUUGGAACCACUGGUGAUUCCAACACUCGCAAGAGAGAGGUUGCAGCUUUCCUAGCUCAAACCUCUCAUGAAACCACAGGAGGAGCACCAACUUCCCCAGAUGGACCAUAUGCGUGGGGUUACUGCUUUGUAACAGAAAGAGAUAAAUCCAACAGAUAUUGUGAUGGGAGUGCACCAUGUCCCGCAGGAAAAUCGUACCAUGGUCGAGGGCCGAUUCAACUGACCCACAACUACAACUAUAAUCAAGCUGGAAGAGCCCUGGGAGUGGACUUGAUAAACAACCCAGACUUGGUGGCAAGAGAUGCAGUGGUAUCAUUCAAGACAGCUCUAUGGUUCUGGAUGACUCCACAGGGGAACAAACCCUCAUGCCAUGAUGUGAUCACUAACAGGUGGACCCCAUCUGCUGCUGACAGGGCAGCUAAUAGAGUCCCAGGUUUUGGUGCGAUCACGAACAUCAUCAAUGGUGGACUUGAAUGUGGGAAAGGUCCUACUCCAGCUUCAGGUGAUAGGAUAGGGUUUUACAAGAGAUACUGUGACGUUUUUGGGCUCUCAUAUGGUCCUAACUUGAAUUGCAGAGACCAAAAACCUUUUGAUUAA